AUGGCCAUAGAACUACUGGGUUGGAACCGCGUUCUGCGGAUCUAUAUUGUGGACUGUGCUGCCGAACAAGUAACUGUGACCAUUUGUCAUGAUUUUAAGUUAGAGCGCGUACCUACGUUGCGUUAUUUCCCCUCUAACUUUAUCAAAUCGACUUCAGAAGUUGGUAGCGAUGUUGCUGCAGAAACUCUUGACCCAAGUGAAGUUGUGAAAGAGCUAGCUGGAUUAUUGGCCAAAAAUGACUACAGUGGAACCAACGAACUUAAGCCCAUCUUUCAGCCCCUUCAGUCGAAUGAAACAAAGGAAAGCAUUUUCAAUCGCUAUGCUAGGAGGGUGUCUUAUAUUUUGCUUGUUCUUGAGCCACCGGAAUCCCAGAUUGGUAUAAAAACUGUUCUCGAUCUGCUACCCUAUCCCGAUGUGGCAGUCCGAAUUCUUAAAAAUGAAGAUCUCUUUACCAAUUUCGGACUAAAAUCAACUGAUGUUGGUAGAGAAGUUGGUGCAGAAAGUCUUGACCCUAAGGAUAUUGUGACAGAGCUAGCUGGUUUAUUGGCCAAAAAUGACUACAGUGGAACCAACGAACUUAAGCCCAUCUUUCAGCCCAUUCAGUCGAAUGAAACAAAGGAAAGCAUUUUCAAUCGCUAUGCUGGGAAGGUGUCUUAUAUUUUGCUUGUUCUUGAGCCACCGGAAUCCCAGAUUGGAAUAGAAACGGUUCUCGAUCUGCUACCCUAUCCCGAUGUGGCAGUCCGAAUUCUUAAAAAUGAAGAUCUCUUUACCAAUUUCGGACUAAAACCAACUGGCCAGAAGAUAGCGCUCUUAGACAAAAGUGGAAAUGUGCAAUCUUUAACCAUUUCUGGCCAAAGUAGAUUUGAUUACGUGGACAGCAUUGCUCAGUUUCUGCAGCAGAAAGGACACACCAGUAUUCCAAGGUUGCCAACAACAAAAACUCCCACGAUGUCAAUGAAAAAAGGGAGGGAUAAUGAUAUAUUGAACAAAGUCCUGAAUUCACCACCAACAGUCUAUCAAGCUGACUUGGAGUUAGCUAUCUACCAAAUCAUACACAUCGAAAUACCAAAAGCUCCACUUCUAAUUGGCUAUAAGUUAAAGGCUCUUCGCCACAUUAUGAGGGUGUUCAAUAAAUACAGUCCUUUGAGAAAAAAUGGAAAGCAUCUUAUGGAGAGCCUUGUAAAAUAUGUAAAGUCGAAUGAUGAAAUCACUGGAGAACAGUUCAUGACUAAAGUCAACGAUGCCGAGAAAGGCCCCCAGAAACCGUUUUCGGCAACGCGAUACAUCGGCUGUGUGGGAUCUAAGCCCUUUGCGCGAGGCAUCACCUGUUCCUUUUGGGUAUUGUUUCAUUACCUAACCGUAAGGGCUGCCGAGAAACGAACUUAUCCGCCCAGCUCUGUGAUAAUAGGACUUUACGGGUUUGCCAAGUACUUCUUCUUCUGCGCGGAAUGUGCCAAGCAUUUUCAAAAGAUGGCCAAGAGAAGAAGAAUAGCAUCCGUGAAAACGCAUGACGAGGAGAUCCUUUGGCUGUGGGCAGCUCAUAAUGAGGUGAAUAAAAGAUUGUAUGGCGAUGCCACAGAGGAUCCGAAGUUCCCGAAAAUGCAGUUUCCACAGAGGAAACACUGUCCAUCCUGCUAUAUGACUGAACCAAGAAAGUGGAAUAGGGCUGAGGUACUAAAAUACCUGAAACGGAUUUAUGGUUCCAAAAAUAUCAGCUCUUUUGGAAUACCUGCAUAA